AUGCCGACUCGAGUUAUUCCAAAUUGUAUAAUAUUGGGUGAUGGUGGCUAUGGUGUAAGACACUAUUUUUUUACACCAUUAUUAAAUCCACUCACUCAAGAAGAGCAGUUGUAUAAUGAAGCUCAUAUUCGUACAAGAAAUGUCAUCGAAAGAACUUUUGGUGUCUGCAAACGAAAAUUUCCUGUGCUAGCAUAUGGAUGUCGAUUAAAAAAAGAAACUGUUUUGAGUAUUAUAAUUGCGUGUGCAGUCCUGCAUAAUAUAGCUCGACAAAUGGGUGAAGAUGAACCUCCUCUCCCAGCUGACAUUAACCAGCAUGAACUGCAGCAACUUAUUGAAGAUGGUCAAAUACCAGAGGUCAAUGUUAUUGACAACCAAAGGAGGGGCAGUGAAAUUAGAAGAAAUUUUAUAACAAAUUUUUUUGGAAAUUUAUAA